AUGGAACGAAAGCGGAAGCUCCCGGCGAGAGCAGCAGCGAGGAAUGAGCAGGCAUCCAAGAAGCGGACCGUGACGCCGCCCGAGAAGGAAAAGGAAAAGGAGAAGGAGGCGACUCCUGCCGCCGAGCCAGCUCCCAGCGAAGAACCGCCGCAAUUGCCCAAUGGUGUAAUGGCCGAGUCGAUACGUCGAUCGCGACACAAGUGGAUAACAGAAUUUAUCUUUGAGAAAUACUGGACGAAACCGACGAAGCGGAAGGGCGUUGUCAACGAGGAUCCCAAAAACCCGCCCAAGGAUAGCAUGAUGAAGCUCGGGCAAGUCACCAUUACCAUUGAGCCUCACAUCUUCGACGCCACGCUCUAUGCCGUCAAGGAUCCCAAGCCUCCCCAGCCACGACACCUGCCGGGCGACCGGUCCUGCAAUAUGGCCCGCCUGAGGGUCCCCCGCGCCACAGCAAUCCUCCAAAUCAACACCUCGCGUGGGGAGCCAUGCCGCAGCACCCUCCGUGUCGGGGGCACCGCUCGUCUCCGCGUCUCCGAAACCGACACCAGCCCAGUCACCCUCCAUGUCUGUCUUGGCUACCCCGCGGGGCCCUCAAUCGCCCCUGCCGACGUCCGAUCUGCACCCCUAGCUCCUCUUCCUAGGGCAUCCAACUCACCGGCGAUCGGCCCGCAACCGACAUCGUCCACACAUUACCAACAGUCCCCUGCGCCUGCCGCGGCAGCACCUGCACCCGCGCCUAAGCCUGCGACUCCAGCCCCACCGCCCGGACAAGCGAACAAUGCCGUCAUCGCCACCCUUGCGGAGCGCGCAACUUCGGAUGACAACCUCAGGGAACUCAUGAAGCGGGUGGCUGAAGGGAAGGCCAGAACACAACAAAAGGAGACGCAGCCUGCGCCAGCGGCGGACAAGCUGUUCGUCGACGGCAGAUCCAUCAAGUACUUUGCUGAGGAGGUGAAAACUAUAUUACAUAUUGUCCUUACCUCCAACCCCCAGCAGCGUUCAAGCAACCUGCGGCCGCCGGCAGGCAGUGACACGUUGAUCGUCAUGCUGGUGCAGGCGGCACUAGACGACGCGAAACUCAAGGCGGCCAUCCAACGCAUUGCGAACGGAAAACCGGAGUACAGCGACACCACGACCCUCAAGUCGGUAUUGGACAAUCUUCACAAGAAGCUCCUGCUCGAUAAGAUGAAGAAGGAGCAAAAGCCCGCCCCCAACUCUCCUGCUCCCCAACCCAACAAUGCUGCGAGCGGAUCCCAGGCCUCUCCGGCCCCAACAGGUCCCGCUCAGCCUACGCCGCAAUCCCUGCGGUCCAAGGGACCCCGCCUCCUCCCAAGCCUGAUAUCUCCGCCAUCGUGUGUCAUUGAGUCCCGCGGGCCCCAGCAGGCCGUCGCCUCGUUCCUUCUCGUGCGUAAGAGCAGCCGGUGCGAGUACGGGGGUGAUCGCGAGGUUGAUUACUACGAACCUAUCACGGUGAAGCUGUUCGCCCCCUCUGGCCGCUACCUUGAGAACCUCGCUAGAGUGGUAGCUCCGCGGGAGGAGGUGAUUCGGUACAUGGAUGACAUCAUGUCGAGCAUGACGCGAGCAGAGUACGUCCUCUUGGCGUGGCGGCUGAUGCGCGAGCGAGCCGGAGAUAAGGGCGAUGGUGUCGAGGAAACCAAUGGCGAGGUGAACGGCGCAGCAUCGAAAGACAAAGAUGCUCAAGCCUUGGUGGCCCCCUCGAAACCCGGGGUUCUUUGGACGGCAAAGGCCGGGAAGUCGUCUUCCGACAAGCACCGAAUCCAGUCGGCCGAGGACGAAGAAGCGGAACAGUACCAGAAACUCAUCCGGUCCGCCACUUCAGCUGAUACCGAGGCGUAG